ACUUUCAUCGACACCUUUUAACUGUCAUUGCGUCAAACGAAAAUUUCAUUCAAGUCAAUUUGCAAUUAAGCAAACAAAAAAAACAUGUCAAUCCAUCCAUCCAAAAUGCAUUGUUCUAGCGGCACAAAGGAGUUGAAACGCCUCGUUAAAGCUCAGGACAAUUUCUAUUUUGACUACGUUGCACAACAAAACAAUAAUCUGCAGAAUAACAAAGAAAAUAAUGCAGAGGAAGAGGAAAAGCCCUGCAGCUCUUUUCAUGCCAGAGAGAAACGGCCCAGAGUCGAGCCAGAGUCUGGCUCCUAUCCCAUAAUCAGCACUCCCAUCUGGAAUAGACGUCAUGGUCCCAUGCCACCCACCAUCUCCACGCCAGAGUUCGAUUUUAUGGCCAAGUUUGUGGCCAACAAGAAGUCCGGUGUCGUCAGGGUGGCUGAGAUCUUUGAUACAUUUGCGUGGGGCCGGGAACUCAAGAAAAGGGGCUUUCAAUCUCCGCACAGGUUGCCCGGCGCCUUUCGCAGGUAUGUACCGAAACAGAGAUUCGUCGUACCCAAGUUGGAGCCAGAGCCCUACCAUGUGCCAUCGAUGAUGGAUGAAUAUCGAGCUUUGCAAAGUAUAAGCCCCAUCCCAGAGGCCCCACAAGUACCAGCAGCAGUUGUCGGGGCAUACGAAGAGAUCCCAGCAGCAGCAGUUGCGGAAAACUUGGAGGUACCAGCAGAAGCAGACCCAGACCCAGACCCAGCAGAGAUGCCAGCAGUGCCAAUAGAGCCGCCAAGAUAUCUGCCCAGACAUAUCCCAACGUCUGAGGAACUCGUUCAGAUGGCAAGGGACAUUGAGGCGGGUCUGUUGGAUCCAGAAACUUGGCCCUUCAACUGUCGCAUGCCUCGUCCCACAUCACCUUUCCCCACAUGGCGCUAUGACAAUCCACCCACACCACCGCCCUCACCGCCGCCACCGAUGGGGGCCAGGCUUGUGCCGUCGCCAGAGGAAGAUGCUCUGGCCGUCGACGUUCUCCUCCAAGAGGAGCAAAAGCGAGAGGAACAGCUAGCCGUGGUAGCGAGUCAGAUUCCCAGUAACAUGGACAGCCAGGGUCCUGUGGAAUAUUGGAGCAUCCCUUUCGUACCCCGUGGCUUGCGUUUGCCACAACAACGCAAGUGGAUCAGGUCCAGGAGAACCGAACAGCCAGGUAGCGAAGCAGUGGAGAUCGAUGAGAUCUCCAAUGUGGGCAAGCUCUUACAUCUAUACAACUUUCCAACGGCUCGUCCUCGCAUUGACACUUUCGAGCUCAUGGCGGCCGCUAACCAGGAGCCAGAAGACACAGUCAUGGAAGACCAGAGCUUGGAGUCCCAAAUGGAUGUGCCGCCUGAACUAGAACAAGUCAUGGCCCAGCAGGAAGACUUACCUGCGACAUCUACAUCGACAUUCCUUGCCCAGCCGGAUGACAUCUCAGGUACUUCUUUUGCCCAACUGUAUGACAUUCCAGGAACUUCCAAUCAAUUGAUGACAGGACUACGCAUAGAAGUGGCUAUGCCGGAAGACCUACAGCAGCUGCAGCAAGAGCAGCCAGUUCCAGGUUCCUCGAAAAAGACGGUCUUGCCCGUGGUGGAGCGGCAGCACCAACCUGUACACAUUGGCAAUGUGCAGCCCAAGCCACAAGAUCAGACCGAGUGCCAGCAGUGGAUCCAACAGACUAGCCAAAUCCUAACCUCUCAGUACAAGGCCCUGCUCUGGGAAGACAGGUACCGGGCAGAUAUCGACUUCGAGGAUGAAAUCGAAAAGGAGCAGCAAAAGCAGCGCAUGCGUGUCAUAGCCCAACCAUCGAACUUGCAGGAAAACGACUGGCAACGGAGCUACCGCUCAAUGCUGGACGAUUUCGAGGAUCGUUGCGAGGAAACCGCAUCCGAGUAUCGCGAUCCGCAGGCCAAAAGAUUGCGCAGCAAAUGGAUUGAGAGAUUUGGCAAGGGUUCGAGUCAAAACCUAUGCCGCAAGCUGGACACAAAAAUGCCGACAGUCCGCGCACAACCUCUACUCAAAAUCAAAAUACUGGCCAAAAGCAAACUCAAGAGGUUGGAAACCCUCGUCCUGCGUAUUGAAUUGAAGUAUUCGAAAACGUUUUGUACGCUGCACUUGCACCAGACAAUCGAUCUCAAGGCGGCGAGCAGAAAACUGCAAAGAAUCGAGUACAAGACUCACAUCAAUAUCCUGCAAAAGUGCGAGAACACCCGUCAGCACUCGGAGCACAGUCGGAUAUCGUGGCUCUGGCCGAAUGGCACUCUGACCAUUAUCAAUGGCUGCCGCGACGACAAGAACGAUUUGAUAGAUGUCCAGAAUAAACUCUUGGCCCCCCUACUGAAUUUAAACCGCUUUCAGGCGGCGCCAGCGCACAAUCUGCAGUACCUGCGAAUGCGGUCCGCGGCCCAUUUUGGCUUUCAAAUCAAACUAAAGAUAUUCGCCGAAUGGUUUGUGCUGUCCAACCAGACGUGUCGCGAUGAUGUCAAUUCGGAGUAUGUUUAUUAUGUGACCAGCGAACUGCCGGGCGUGGUGGCACAGCUGCAUGACCAUGGGCGGGUCUAUGUGUAUGCAAUGACCAUCCAGGAGGCGGACAAAUUGUUGCUGAAACUAUACACCCUGAUCCACAAUCAUCGCGAGGAUCUGGUAAAGGUCGAGAAACCAGAGAAAAAAGUGGAUCCAAAGUGAACGGAGAAUAUGCGGGCGAGCCCUGGGGCAGAUAUAUUUUUUUGCAUUCAGAAAAACAGAAAAUGCGAAAUACGCACAGACACAGAUACACAGAUGCUACAAAGACACAAAUUGAAUUAGCACAACGCUAAAUGAUCACACGGUCGCUCUAAAAGAAAACACACACAAAGUCCACCCAAAAGUCCAGCAACAACAAAAGAAAACUAAAAUUUGCAACA